AUGGGGCCUCGCCGCAAUGCUCCCUUCAGUGGGCAUCUUUCUGUACCGUCACAAGUUUUAAAACCGUACGAUGCAUUUUUUAUUGUGAAGCGUGUUUCUGAAGUUAAAGAAUCGUUCCAUACCGUAUCACCUUUUCUUGUAGAAAAAGCUUUAACCGGAAGUGUAGGAGAAGUGGCAUCUGUUCGAAAACUUCGUUCAGGUGACCUACUCGUUAAAGUUGCAUCAAGACAACAAUCGAACAAAAUUUUAAAAUUGAAAUCUAUCGGCACAAUAAAAGUUACUGUUACUCCACAUGGUUCCUUGAAUUCCUCGAAAGGUGUAAUUUCUUGUGGGGAACUGUUCAAUGUCUCUUUGGAAGAAAUCACUCAAAAACUGCAAAGUCAAGGAGUGACCCAGGUGCGCCGAAUUUCUAUUAGGCGAGAUGGAAAACUCCUUAAUACUAAGCAUCUUAUUUUAACAUUUAACUCUCCAAAAUUGCCAGAGUCGAUAAAGGCUGGGUACAUGAAAUUACCCGUAAGACCUUAUGUUCCGAAUCCUUUGAGAUGCUUCAAUUGCCAGCGUUUCGGCCAUUCAAAGGCUAACUGCCGCGGGACUUUAACAUGCGCCCGUUGUGCAGUACCUGGCCACGAAAGUAAUGAGUGUUCAGCGAAAGAAAAAUGUGUAAACUGUAAAGAAGACCACGCCUCUUUCUCUCGCUUAUGCCCUAUCUGGAAAAGAGAAAAAGAGAUUAUUUCUGUUAAAGUUAAAGAGCAGGUGUCAUUUCCUGAAGCUCGGAGAAUUGUCAGAGCUCGUACACCUGCACUCGGAACAAACUAUGCUUCUGUUGUAAAGGGUCCACCAAAAACUGUAGGGAUCCAAUAUGACACAAAAGAUUUUAAGGCUAACUCUGAAACUGAUAGUUCAGUUACAAUAUCUGAAUCUGAUCAGUCUUCCAAUGUUACGCCAACUAUAAUCAAACACACACGAAAGAAACAUAAAUCUGCUUCCGAAAAAUCUCUGGCUCUCAAACUUUCAAAAAAAGGUCGUUCACAAAGAGACUUGAAGAAAAAAAUUUCGUCUUUAUCAGUCCGGAAUUCAGUCGCUUUGGGAUUAGCGACAGAGAGCUUAGCUCACAAGGACUUGCCGACCAUAUUUGAUAAACCCACUAGUCUUGAUCACCUUUCCCUCCAUCCGUCAGAGGAGGAGGAUUUUACAAUGAGCUGUGAUGUUCCAAAAACUCAAAGCAAUGUUGCAAAUGAUUUAUCUCCAAACAAUAUUUCUUAA